AUGUCAAUCGAGAAAAGCAAAAAGAAAAGGGCGGCUGGAGGUGAGCUGGACAAAUAGAAUAGGGAAUAAAUAUAUUUGGGGAGGGAAAUGGGAUGUAGCAUAUGUACUGUAGAAGUUUUGCAGUUCGGGAUUACUGUAGCAAGAUACAGUAGAUUUUUUGAAGUUUGGACUAAUCUUUGUAGUUUUAGGAUGAAAUACUUCUGAAGGAAAAAACUCGAUUCACAAAAUUUUCUCAAUUAUCAUAUUAAUUUCUAGCCGUCCCAAAUCAAAUGAAAAAUGACAAAAUGAUAACAGCUGGCACAAUUUUAUUGAAUCGUUUCGAAGUUCAAGACAUGAUUGGUGGCGGUGGUUUUGCCCAAAUUUAUAAAGCACUUGAUAAUCAGGAUAAUAACACAGAAGUUGCUGUAAAAAUCGAAGAUUCAAAACAAGAUAUCAGAAGAAUGAAAUUGGAGAUUACUGUAUUGUUGGCAUUACGUGGAAAUGUAAGUGAAUUCUUAAAAAAAAUAAAAAAUUGCAACAAAAAAAAUUACAGCUUGGAAUUCCUGAAAUAAUGGGAAUGGGAAAAACGAAAGAGGGUCAUUUUUGUAUAAUGCAACUUGUUGGUCGAAAUUUAUCAGAUGUUCGUCGAAAACUUCCAAAUAAAUGUAUCUCACCAAAAACAUUAUAUCGAGCAAUGUUACAAGUUCUUCGAGCACUUUCUAUAAUUCAUGGCGCCGGGUUUUUGCAUCGAGAUUUGAAACCAUCGAAUUGUUGUGUUGGAUAUAUUGAUUCGACUAGGAUUUAUUUGAUUGAUUAUGGUAAGUCAAAUUAAGUAGAUUCUAAAGAAUUUUAAAACUUCUCGGAAAACAGCUUCACAGUUUUUUCUCGAAAAUUCCGAAAUUGAAAUCUAAAUUCUUUAAAAAAAACCAUUACUUUUUUAAUUUCAGGCCUGACUCGUCAAUAUCUUGACAAAGGAGGAAUUGUUCGAAAACCACGACAAGGUGUUGGACUUCGUGGAACAAUUCGAUAUAUGAGUUUGGAUGGACACGCUCGAAGAGAUUUGGGGCCAAAUAAUGAUCUUGUCGCGUUUUUGUACACUACGGUGAGAUCUUUUGAGAGAAUAUUUCGAAUCGGGCUUGGUUUUUUAAUUUUUUUUUCCAAAUUUUUUUUUGUUGAUUUGAAAUCGAUUAUAAGUGAAGCAGUUUUUCUAUAAAACGCGAAUUAGGCGCAUUGAUUAUUCAAUCGAAAAAUCAACCAUGUUUUUAUUUGUACUUCUUUCAAUUUUUUCGUUGACUUUCAUUCAAAAUGCUGGAGCCGAAACUUCAGCUGAGGCCGCCAAAACUCUUCUCACAAUAAUCCAAUCGGCAGCGCAAACAAAAAACUUGGAGUUGUUGCACUUAUUUGUGUCUCCGAAUAUGAAAAUUUCACUUUGUGGUUACACCGUCGAUUAUUCGAAAGCCAAAGUUUCAAGUGACAAAAUCUUUGGAUUUGUGGGAGAAAAAGGGGCGGAAAUUAUUAGUUCACGUCUUGGUGCUGAUAGAUCAUUGGAAUUUACAGCUGCGAUUGGAAAACAAAGAAUUUUAAUGCAUUUGCGAGCGUUGAGAUUACCUAAAGGAGAACGAAAAAUCACCGAGUUGGAUUUUAACAAUGUGCCGAAUUGCGCGGAACUUGUGCAAAUUCCAAAACAUCGGAAAAAUCCAGUUGUUACGAUUGCAAUUGCAUCUGCUGUUGCUGAUGUUGCAUUUGGAAUUUUAAUUUGGGCUUCUUGGCAUUUCGGAUUCUAAUUCAAAUUUAUUGGAAUAAAAUUGAAUAAUUGCAGGAGUUUUAAAAGAAUAAGAAGAAAAUAGCAAUAUUGGUUCCCAAAAUGUGUCAAUUCUCGCACCUUCUCUCCCUUUUCAUAUCAUAUUGCUUAUCCCGUAAUUCGUCGGUCACAUGUUUUUCCUUACCUAUAUAAUCAUGUUGUAUUUCUAAUAUUUUGUUCUUCCGAGAACAUAUACUAAAAUUGGAACAAUACAGAGAAGAUUAGCAUGGCCCCUGCGCAAGGAUGACACGCAAAUUCGUGAAGCGUUCCAAAUUUUUUGAUAAAUUUUAUCUGGCUCUUCAAGAGAAGCAUUUUUUCAGAGGAAUAUUCUAAAAUUUGCGGGCCAAGUUAACAAAUUCAUUUCAAAUUAUCAAAGUUAACAUUUUUUUCAGAUCGAACUUGGCGAUGGUCAACUUCCAUGGUCAUAUGAACGUGAACAUGAUGAUAUAAUCAAAUUAAAACAAGCGUAUGUCGGUGAAAAACUCUGCGCAAAACAGCCAAAAAUGACAAAAGUUGCGGAAUAUAUCGAAAGUCUGAAUUAUCACAGUAUUCCAGAUUAUGAUAAAUUAUUUUCGAUGGUCGAAGAAUGCAAUCCACCUGAUUUGAAACCAACUGAUUUAUAUGAUUGGCAAAGUUUGGCAAUGUGUGGACAAUCGGCUGAAACUGAACAACAAACACAAAUUAAUGCAGAUGGUGGACAUUCACCGGGUGGACCUAAAACAAAACCAGCACAAACACCUCCGAUUGCAUGA